CCGUUACCUCGGCCGUAGUAAGAAGCUGUCAGCUUGAGUUCAUUCAUGCUCCACUGAUGAGAAGAGUUGUAUGCCGAAGACAAGAACAACCCGUCACCUCUCCCAAACAGAGAGAUUCUGUUCCAGGCUUCCUUCCCGCUAGCUGUUGUUACAGCUGCAGAAAUAUACAGAUGGAAAUACCUUAUUGUUUUGGCACGUCCUCCUUUCAAGGAUCGGGAGUUAAAAAGAAUGUGUGAUCAGCUGCGAUUUUGCUGUCAUAUGUGGAUUUACGGUGCGCCUUAAAGUGAAGUGCUGAUUUAAGAACGAUAUUCUGAAAAACAGUGAAUUCGAUGGACUUAUGACUGGUGAAGUACAUAUGUUUUUAUAGACUGAAAGUUCUUCCAGAACUAUUUGUGCGAAAGGUGACUCAAUGGAAUUACUUGGAUAAUUUUUUCAGACUGGUGAAAUUUCAGAAGAUAAUUUCAUUGCUCUUCAGUUUCAAAGUUUAUUUUUACAUCAGUGCUUAUUCAGUUGUCCUAUCAUGAAUGUGGCAUUAAAACUUUGGGGCAAACGAUGAUGUAAUGGUCAGCCGGUGCAUAUUCAUACGUCACUGCUAUAUAAUUAAGUUUUUAUUAUCUGAUGUAUGAUUCAAGUGAAAGUUGACGUUGCCUUACAGCCUCCUCUCUGAAACUUUCUGAUUACAAGUCAUUCCUAGAAUUAGAUGGUUAUUUCCGUAAUCGAUUAGGAACAGCUUUCCCGAGAGACAUCUUUUGAAAAUAAACAAUCAAAUGUAGCUGUUAUCGAUAUAUCUUGCUCUUAAGGCCGCCUGUUAUCGAUUGUCGAGUUUGUGUUUAUACCGUGAAACGUGUCUGGUGUUGAAAGAACACUUCAGAUUUUUCUUCUGAAAAAUACAAAUAGGAGAUAAAUUCUCUAAUUACUUGGCUGAUUGUUAUUGCCAAGUAGUUUUUGAGAAUUUUUUUUAAAAAGAAAUAAUUGCUUUUAGCUUGGAGCUUGGGUUUAGCAGCAUUAGAUUCUGCUUUACUUUAAGAUCUUAUUUCUGUCAACAUUUCUCUUAUUCAUCUUGUUAUUUCUUUUAAUUCUACAGAAAAUUUAAGAUAUUUGCAUUUCAUUAUUCGAAAAAUAUCAGCAUUUUUUUAUGAAGAAGAAUAUCAUUUCAGAAAUUUCACCUGAAUAAUCUGAAAGCUGUGCAUUAUUGUAAUAGAAUUUGCUCAUUGCACUAAAAUUUCCAAAACAAAUAACUAGUGUACUGUUAUAAUUUAAUUAUUACUGCGGAAAACUUUACAAAUAUAAUUACUGUUUUUUUCUUUCCGCCGAUUAUUUAACUGCGAAUUAAAAAGAAACGGUGAUUCGAGAUUUUUUUCUGAAUUCUGGAAAAGACAACUUGCUGGAGUAAGAACACCUGUUUUCUAUUUGCCACUUGUUUUUGAUGACUUAACUUUUUUUUCAAAGAAAGAAUCAUCAUCUAAGGAAUACAAAUCUAGGGCAGCCCUCAUUUUUGUAAUUCUGCCCACAGCAGUUUUGAACUUUUAACACUUCUUUUGAACUGGCGAUCCUUUCUAUUUUGACCCUAAGGGCUUGUUCCGAAUACAGAGUUUUCUGCCAUUUCGUAGUGAGAAAAAAUAAGGAGUGCUAUUUGAAUCUACAGGAGAAACUGACGUGAUAUUUUUUUUUAAAUAAAGGAAGAAAUAACUAUGUCUCUGCCGAGAUCAUUUACGAAGAUGUUGUGCAGCAGUGGAAGAUCUCACGAAGGCCAGGAGACCUCCUAUGAGAAAGCUUGCUCGGACCGCAGAGGGAGCGCCCCGGCCACGCCGGUGCUGGGCAUUCGGACGAUGGACUCCACCACGCCUUCGAGGUUUGCGAAUUUUUUCUCCAAACGCUCCUUUAAAAGCAACCCUUUGAAACGAACUAAAAGUGUGACAAAGCUAGAGCGUAAAAGAUGUACGAUGGAUGGUGACAGUGUGACACCUUCUAUGCUACGAACAUCUCGAUCCCACGAAUCCCUCCUCCAGUCUAGUCCUGGUGUGUUGGCCACUCUUGACCUCUCCCAUGGAGAUGUACAGGUGGCAGCCCUUCACAGCAGUCUCAUUGGUCAAGAAAAUUGUUUCCAGAUGAUCUCUAGUGGAGGCACUCGCUUCUAUACUUGUCGGACGAAAGAAGAGAGAGAUCAAUGGUUGUACAGUCUGAGGAGAACUAUCCAGCCUAACCAAGACAAUGUUAGACGGAAAGAAAACUCUUUAAGAAUUUGGGUUCUAGAAGCGAAAGGAAUGUCUGCAAAAAAGAGCAAAUAUUACUGCGAAGUAUGCUUAGACAAGACAUUAUAUGCUAGAACUUCAUCAAAACAGAAAGGAGAUAUGUGUUUUUGGGGUGAAUAUUUUGAGUUCAAUAGUCUACCUACUGUUGCCAGUGUUUAUGUAAAUUUGUACAGAGAAGCGGACAAGAAGAAGCGGAGGGACAAAAAUGUUUUAAUUGGUUGUGUACAUAUUCCUGUCUCUAGUAUAAAUGGAAAACAUUUGCUUGAAAAAUGGUAUCCUGUAACAACAGAGAAAAACAAUAGUGGGAAAGACAGCCCUUCCAUCAGAAUCAAAUCUCGUUUCCAGACUGUAGAAGUGUUGCCUCUCAUUGUAUACAAAGAUCUUUUACAGUAUGUGAAGUCUGAGUAUAAAAUUCUGUGUGAAAUGCUGGAGCCUGCCAUAAGUGUCCGAGCAAAGGAGGAUGUUGCUACAACAUUAAUAAAUAUAAUGCAAAAAGAAAAUUUGGCUAAGGAAUUUCUGGCAGAACUUGUUAUGUUUGAUAUUGAAAAAAUUGGUGACCUUCAUUUGACUUUCAGAGGAAAUUCUCUAGCCACUAAAGCUACUGAAGCAUAUAUGAAACUCUUAGGUGAUAAGUACCUACAAGAUACUUUGGGCGUUUUUCUCAGAAUGGUUUUAGAUUCAAACGAUGACUGUGAAGUUGACCCUAUGAAAGUUACGAACAAUGCUACUUUGUUGCGUCAGCAGUCACAUUUGAUGACUUAUGUAGAAAUGGUUUGGGUAAAGAUCAUUAAUUCCUCAUCAAACUUCCCUCAUGAACUCCGUGAAGUGUUCUACGAGUGUCGAAAGCGACUGACUGCCAGCGGCAAAGAAGAACUUUGUGAUAACUUGAUCAGUGCAUCCAUCUUUCUCAGGUUCCUUUGCCCUGCUAUUUUGUCACCCAGUCUCUUCAACCUUUCUCAAGAGUAUCCUCAGGGUAAAUCUGCUAGAAAUUUGACUUUGGUAGCUAAAACUAUUCAGACCUUAGCAAAUUUCACCAGAUUUGGAGGCAAAGAAAGUUUUAUGGAAUUCAUGAAUGGCUUUGUUGAAAAGGAGUGGAGUACAAUGAAAGCAUUUUUAAGACAAAUUUCUAGUUUGAAACAAACUCUUGAUUAUUUUAAAUUUCAGAGUCCUCCAGCCAAAGAAUUCAAUAAACGAAAUGAAUUUGAAGGAUACAUUGACAUUGGAAAGGAACUGGCCAUUCUGCAUAAUCUCAUGGUUGAAAAUCUACCAAGGGUCAACCAAAAGGUCUAUUAUGAUCAUAUCGAUACGUUGCAACAAAUUUUGGAUGGUAUCUCUGCAGCUUUAGGCAAUGCUCCUACAACGAAAAACAACCUCAUUCCAUCUUCUAGCUCUAAUUCCCAUACAGAUCAUAAUAGCAAUUCUAUAAACAAUGAAAAUGUGACUCUGAAACUGAAUGAACAUUCGAACAUGAAGAAUCCCCACCGUGAAAUAGUACAGACUUAUGUUAUGAAUAGUGUUCGAAAUACAAAUGGAGAUCUCGAUUAUCAUUCCUUGACAACUGUCAAUCAGAAAAUGACACCUGUUAAUCACCUCAAUAGACCUUCAACACUUCCACGCAAUGCAUAUUUACUUGGAAGUAGUAGGAAAGCUGCACCUGAUUUGACCACAUCUGAUGAUUAUGUUCUCUACAGUGCAUUUGAUGCUGAUACCGGGCUUGAUCCCUCUAUUGAUAACAAUGACACCCAGGUAAACAAAGUGGAUUCAAACAAUCUGACCAAGUCCUGUAUAUAUGGAGAAUUGAAGAGCCCUCAGCACAGGCCCAGUCUUUCUUCCUCUUACAGUGAGAAAAAGAAUCUAGAUUCUCAUACUCCUCCCACCCAAAGAAAUGGUAUCACUCUGACAAAUGCUCUUCUCAAUGCGAAUUUCUCGAAAGUCUCUCCAAAGACCCGAGAAAGGAAAGAACCUGUGAAACGCUCCUUGUCCAGCAAUGGGCAAGGGAGUGAGUCAGGUGAAAUGGAAGUAACAAAUCAUAAAGGAAGCCAGAUUUCAAUUAGUCAAGUAAGUAAACAGCUGUCCAAUGUGGCUUCUUCAGGUUACCAGUCUUUCCCAUAUAGCCAGUCGAGCUCACCUGUAGAUCCUGAAUUACAGGCAGACAAAUCCCAAACAAAUGGAAGCAGCAACACCCAGAAUCCACCUCUGGCAUUUAACAAUCCCAUGUAUCAUUUCCCAACUCCCACUGGUCCCUUGCCUUGGGAGCCCUGCAACCGUCAAGCAAGGAAGAAUCUCAGACUCUCUCAUCUCACCUCCUUUAGCAGUCUCAGUGCAGAGGAUAUAUCUGUCUUUGGACCCACCUCUUUAGCAAAUGCAGAUUCUUCUUUGACAUUAUCUGUAGAAGGUUGUAACUGCGCUUCAAGUUCAUCAUCUUCGGGAACUGCAAGCUGCAGUUCAACACCUCCAAGAGAACGUCGCAGUAAUCAGUUCAAAUCUACUGCACCACGUACCAAUCCACGUUACUCAGGUGGUACUCACCUGUGCUGUAGCGCUACAAUUGGAUGCUCACCUCGACUUGCUACCAGAGCUCUGUCUCACCCCACUCGAUCACUACAUCACCACCAUUACAAACAGUGCUUCUCAAAUGAGUCCUACUUAAGACGAAGGCAGAAAAACUCGAAUACAACUUUGAGCAAUUCUCAGGAUAAAGAAAAUAUUGAGUCAAAUGGAACUGAUCCAAAUAAAAAUAUUCAAAUGACGGAUGCAUCCUCUGGCACUAAGACUGAAAAUAAUAAUUGCAAAACCAUAGAAGAGAAUUUACAGUUGGACUGUAAUUUUCAGUAUGAGAGAGAAGUGGAGGAAUUGCGUAACAUGAUGCAGAAUCUUCAAGUGAAGCUUUCUGAGGCAGAGGAGAAGCUAUCAAAACAGGAAAGUGCUACGGAGAAGGUGGUUGCUGAUUGGCAAGCCAGGCUAGAAGCUGGGGAAGAAAGGUUACGCAGACAGCAAGACGAAAAGGAUCAACAAAUGAAGAAUAUAAUUACCAGGCUGAUAACAGUGGAGGAGGAGUUGCGGCGUGAGCAACAAGAAAUGCAAGGGGUCAUUUUGGCCAAGCAAAAAGUCAUUGAUGCUCAGGAGAGGAAACUGCAGACUCUUGAUGCUGCAAACACGCGACUGCUUGCAGCCCUGGCACAACUCAAGGAACGAUACCAACUACAAGGGCGCAACGGCUUGGUGUCAUCCUCACCGACAUCUCCGGCUAAACUUGCUGUUAUCGAAAAUGGCGACAUUCGCUUUAAAAGCAGUUCUUGCUGACUAUUUGCUAUCUAUUUUUACCUUGACUUGUACAAAAAUGCUGACAUGACCAAAUAGUGUGAUGGAAGUUCUUCUUGCACAUCCCCUUUACAUGCUCUUAGUGAUUCAUUGUGUGAAAGUGGACAGUUUGUACAGUUCAUCAUCAUUUUGGUAUCAUCUGAAGGCUACGGAUCAUAUGUUGUUUGGAAAUCCGGAAGAUAAAACUUUUUUUAAAAAGUGUAUAAAAGAUUUUUAUUUUCUAUUAAUUUUAUUAUGGAGGUAGAUUCUAAUUCUUUUACUUUUUCUAGCCUUUGCCUCCUUUAUCUUAGACUAGUCUGUUUUGAUUGUGUGUAAAGAAAUUUAUAUUCUCCUGAUUUACUAGAUGUUCACACAAAGUGAUGUAAUAUAAAUUCAAAUCAGUGUUAAUAAGUUUAUGUAAAUGACUUUAUAUCUAUAGACAUGUAAAAAUUUAUUUAAGUCUGUAUUUUAGUAACUGGUGUAAAAUGAAUGCAACUGGAUUUGAAUUUUUAAAAAUAUACCUUUACUGUGUGAAUUCUGUGGUUGUGAAACAAAGUAUGAAUUAGAAUUCAGCAGAUUGGUAUGGUUUUACUACUUUGAAUCAAAUUCGCCUAUUGGAAUUAAAUUAUGAGUAUAUUUUUAAUUAAUGCAGAUAAAAAUUUGAUUUUUUUUAUUGAUAUCUAAAGAGUUUUGUUUAAAUAUCAGAUGCUUUGAUGAAAGUAAUGAUGUCAUCUUUACAUUUCUUUUUUUAUAUGUGAAUUCGUUUUGUACAAAAGGAUUCAUCACCUUGCACAUAUUUUCUCAUCUGAUAAUGUGUAAAUAAAAAAUCAUUGCUCCACUAACCUUCAUAUAAUUACGAUUUUCUUUGUUUCCAAAACAUACAGUACUCAUAUGCCCCCCCCCCCAUCCAAAAACUAAACUUUUUUUAAAAAAAUAUAAUAUAUAACUGCAUCUUUUAUAACCUUUCAAACUGGGUUUGGCAUUUUCUCCCCUUUAUAAUAUGUAUAGUAACCAUGUUAAAACAAUAUUUUUUGCCCAGAAAUAAUAAGCAGAAUUCUCUGGCAGAUGAUUCAAGAAUUAUGUGCAAUCUUGUUAUAAAUCUAUUCCUUGAUGUACAAAUAUUGACAUAAAAACAUUGUUGACAAUAUAAUAACCAGAUGAAGUUAUUGUAUAUUCUCAAAUAAACUUUUACUGUUUUGAAAAUUCCAUUGGAUUAAAUUUUCUAAACUGAAAGCAUAAAAUAAGAUUUUUCGACAUUAAAACAAAUAGGUAAAAAGCUUACUUGUAAUUUCAGUAAUUCUUCUUUGAUAACUAUUGAAUACAAAGUACAUAAGUAAAAUAAAUGAUAAUUUCUAACCGAAUAGUAAUCAGUACAAUGUUUUAUUUUUUUCAAAAAUAAAAUGGGGGUUUUAGCUGCCUUUUCAAAUAUUAUAAUAACUAACAUUUUACUUGUACAGCAUAAGCAAAAAAAAUGUCCCAUUUUAAUUUAUUAUAUUGUCAACAAUGUGUUCAACCACUACCAAAUCUUGUGUAUUGACAUUGUUACACAUUUCUCUUGUCUAGUCGUUAAUUCUAGUUUGUUUUGUCAGAUCUACUUCUUCUCAGGUCACUUCUUGUUUUUAAAGUCUUUUUUCGUAAUAAAAGACUGGGUUUUUUUUAGAAAUGAAAAGUUUUUAAAACUUCAUUUUUCUGUUAAAAUAACCUUUUAAUUUCAUUAUCUAAUUUACAAAAUUUAUGCUCUUGUGUGGCCUGUCCUGUUUGUAUAUAACAAAUUUUUACAUAGUUUUCAUUUACUUGAAUAAAAUAACAUUCUGUUUGGGUACAGCAGAACUUAAUUUCAUAAGCCAAAUACUUAUCUUGUUACUUAAAUGUCAUAAAUUCUAUUGAAUCUUUGUGUUUGCUAAAUAAAUAGUUCUUGCAUUCUCGAAAGCAUUUGUAAAUGAGCCAUCUGCCGCCAGCAUAAAUCACUGUUCUGUAAUGCAUAUUGGAAUUGUACAACACAUUUGAUGCACAUAAGUAGCAGUGAUUGUAAAUCUCUCCCUGUAUGCCAAGAUUUAUUGUGGAAUUGAUUGAAAUCAGUCGCUUAUGUUAACUUGGAUGUUUUUUGAUACAAGCUCUUUGCAUUAUUGUCUAUUAAAAAUCAAGUAUAUAUAUAUAUGCAUCUAUAUAUAAAAUAAACAUUUGGAAUAAAUCUUUUUUGAAAAUGA